AUGAAAGAGUUUCGCGAGGGGGUAAACAGAAAAAUUUCCUACAAUGAACGAUCGAUCAUCAGUGACAUCCUAAGACUUCCAACCCUUCUUGACCUCACUUAUUUCUUAGUCAUCAUCAAGCAAAUGACCAUGUUUUUGCAUUGGAGACAAAUCAAAAAUAUCACUGAUGUAGAGAAUAUCGCCGAUCUACCAGAGCAUAUUCAAAAACUUCCUGAGCAUGUUGGAAUAUUCUCAUUCUCGUGCCGCAUGCCGGGUGCCGAAGGAAGCGAAGAGUUCGAUUUCGACUACUGCAAAGAUUGGUGGAAUAACUUGAAAACAUGGGAAAAAGUGGUGACUGUAGCGAUGGUGGUGGCAGCAGUUGUAGAGUUGUUUGCCCUGGUCUGGGACGUACUUUCAGCGCUGGCCUGCUGUUGUAAGUCGGCAUUACUGACUCCGCUGACAUUAGCCGCUUUUUGCGCAACUGUCGCUCUCGCUGUGGCCGUCGGCGUUUACGGGUACAAGAACAAAGAAGCAUUUGAAGGUGUAAAGGAUCUUGACGACAUCAAGAGCAAGCUCGAUAGUGAGGCAAGUUGCUUUUUUCGAGUGUCUACUUACCAGUAA